CCAGCAGUUUUAAUUUCGUUACCAUUGCACCCAAAUUGUUUUGCGGUGAUUGUGUUUAUUCAAAAUAAUGUCACAAUUUCAAAAGGAAAUCGUACAGGCAGUACUUAUUGCCGACAACAAUGUGUGGAAUUUUAAGCCGCUAUCUGACGAAAGCUCCACGGCUCUGCUGCCGCUGGUUAAUGUUAGUAUGCUGGACUAUGCGCUGAUUGCCUUAAAUCGCAGUGGUGUCGAGGAAGUUUUCGUCUAUGCCAGCCUCUAUCUGCAGGACAUUCGGGAUCACAUCAAACAGGGUAUCGCCACUUAUGCAUCCUGGUCAUUUAAAAUGAACGUUCAUGUCAUUGGCGGCGAGGGAUGCCGCUGCUUUGGCGAUGCGAUGCGUGAUCUGGACGCCAAGGCCCUGAUACGUGGCAACUUUAUAUUGCUGGGUGCGGAUACAGUGACCAAUGCGGAUCUGCGACCAGUACUGGAGCAGCACAAGCGUACGGCGAAAUUCGAUAAAGGUGCUGCUGCCACGCUGGUCUUUAAGGAGUCCACCAGCAGCAUUGGACGCACUGGCAAUGAGCUGUUGAUUGCCGUGGAUAAGCAAAACACACGACUACAUUACCAUCAGAGAUUGCGCAUGAAUCACAAGGAGACACGUUACCAGAUACCACUUGAUGUAUUCCUAAGCAAUUCAUGUGUGACACUGCAUCACAAUCUGCUAGAUCCGCAGAUUGCCAUUGGAUCGCCGUCGAUGUUGUCGCUGUUCAGCGAUAACUUUGAUUUUCAGACACGCGAUGAUUUUGUGCGUGGUCUGCUCAUCAAUGAGGAGUUGCUGGACAGUCGCAUCUAUGUGUCACUUCUGCCUCCCGCACAGUAUGCACACAAGGUUAACAAUUGGCUCUCCUAUCAGCUCGUCAGUCGAGACAUCAUUAGUCGCUGGGCAUACCCUUUAGUGCCCGACAUGGGCGUAUAUAAACUGCAGCAGCAGUAUGUCUUCUACAAAGACAACAUAUACAAGAGCCACGAUGCUAACGUAUCCAAGGUGGCGCUGCAGGAGAAUGUUGUCGUUCAGGCAGGAAGUCAUGUGGAUACCGGUACCGUCAUUAGUUAUAGUGUAAUUGGCGCCAACUGUCGCAUCGGCAAGAAUUGCCAGCUCAACAAUGUCUUUCUCAUGGCCAACGUGACCAUACACGACAACUGCCAGCUGAGGCACUGCGUCAUUGGCUCGGACACCAUCAUUAAUGAGAAGUGCGUAAUUACCGCCGGCUGUGUGCUUGGCCCCAAAUGUGUUCUUCCGGCAAAUACCAAUCUAGCCAAUACACUGGUCACACAUUCACCGAAUACACAGCGCACCGAAGAGAAUGAAGUGGUUGAAUUGGAGGCAAUUGGACCGAAAGCUUUUAUCAUUAGCGACUUGACAACGGGCGAUCCCGAUGACUCCGAUGCCGACGAGGAGUUAUUACCAAGCACAACAGCUCUGUGCAUACCCAAAAUGUCUGAGAUUCAAUCACAAGCGAACGAUGUCAGUGACUACAGCUACUCCAGCGACGAUGAUGAUGAGGACGAAUCUCGCGUUGCGACUCCGUUGCCCGAUGACACCAACAUAUUCUUGUCAGAGGUAAUUGAUUCAUUAACACGCGGCUUUCGUGAGAAAUCGAAUCCGGAUUUCCUUAUACUAGAAAUAAACUCGUCACGCUAUGCCUACAAUAUGUCCCUUAAGGAGGUCAACUUUAAUGUGGUCAAGGCGGUGUUUGGCAUGGAGAGCAUCAUCGAACCGGCUAAUAAUAAUAUAAUGAUGGCCAUUAAUGCCGCUUUUAAGCAAUUGGGACCCGUCGUAUCCAACUACAUCAAAAGCGAGGAUGCCAUGUUCGAUUGCCUUAAGGCACUGGAGGAUAUUUGCGAGGAGAAUGAGCUUGUGCGCGAGAAGAUCUCGCAGGUGGUUCAUUAUCUGUACGACAAAGAUAUUGUAUCCGAGGAUGCCAUACACGCCUGGUAUGAGCAACUGGACAUUAAUGAGCACGCUCCGUUGCGGCAAAGUCUCGCCAAGCUGGUCGACUGGUUGAAUCAGUCCAGCGAAGAGGAUGACGACGAUGAUGAUGACGAUGACGAUGAAUAGCAAACUCAACUGAUCACCGUUUGCUAAAUAAAACAAGAAAAAAUAA